UUAUAAAAUAUGGAUAAUUUGAAUAAGUAUUUGAAAAUUUCUAGUAUUUUUUGUUAGUAAGAAUCGAUAAUAUAAGAGCUGAACCAAUAGUAUCGAGGUAUGACUGUUUUUUGCUUACUUAUAUCGUAUCAUACAAAGCGGUGUGCGGUUUGAGUAGGGAUGAAAACAUAUAAGAAUUUUGUUUCUGGCAUUGCAAGUUGAUAAAUAUAUUGACAUAUGUUUAAUACUUUUAAAUUUCAAAAUAACUAUAAAGUCUUAAAUUAUUCGAGACGUUAUUAAAGUUACUAACCAAUUAUUGUACAAAAUAUAUUCACAUUUAGUGGCUUACAUUAGAUAGAUAACCAGAAUGUCAGAACAAUUUGUGGGUUGUACAGUUUCUGUGAAAUGUAUCGAAGAAAUCGGUACUUACCAAGGACAGAUAGUUGAUUUAAACAAAGAUUAUGUUACACUUUCAAAAGCAUUUUGUAAUGGUGUACCUCAUUCUUCAUCUGUAGUUGUUUUAAGUGCAAAGGAUAUAUUAAAUGUAGAGUUUAUAUCGAUUAAUGACACAUCUAAUACAAAUGAUACAAGUCAAACACAAAAUAAAGUAACUGUAAAAAGACCUAUUGCUAAAAGAGCUGGAAGGUCUUUUUCAGAAAGCGUUCCAUCUUCUGUUCAAUCUACAUCAUAUCAGACACAACCAAAUUUGAAAAAACCAGAUAGUAUCGCACAAUCUAUUACAGAGCAAUCUACAAAUGGAAAAGUUCCAUUAGUUGAAUCUGCUAAUAAACCACUACCAAGAAGAUUGAGUCAUAGACAAAGAGCUUUAGAAAGAGAUGAACACACAUUUGGUACACCAAUUGAUCAGUCUUUAAGUCAAGAUUUUGAUUUUGAAAAGAAUUUAGCGUUAUUUAAUAAAGAGGCUGUCUGGCAAGAAAUAAACUCUUUAAAGCCAGAUAUUGUUAGGCAAUCGGAAAAUAAUAGGGGAAGAUAUCGGCAUGAUGAAAAUGUUAUUGUUUCUGAACCCACAGUUUUUAAACAAAUAACAGUACCUAGUGCUGGAGAAAAAGAAUAUGUAACAGAUAAUGGUUUAAUAAUUCCUAGCAUAACACUUAAUCUUCAUCGUCAAUUAAUAGGAGCAGCUGACCGACUUGGAAUUAGUUGGGAACGUAGGGUGGAACUUCUUGGCCGUGCUGGUGCAGAAAUAAUAUUGCAGUUACUGGGAGGAAGUCAUAGACUUAAUCCAAAUAAUGCACAUCAAUGGCCAACAGUUGUAGCACUGUGUGGACCUCAUCGCUCGGGAGCUGCAGGUGUUAACUGUGCUAGACAAUUAUCUAGUCAUGGUGUUAAAACGAUAGUAUUUGUGGAAAAUUCUGAAGAUGUUUUUCUAUUACAAGAACUAUCUUUGUACAAAUUAACAGGUAAUAAGGUAGAGAGUAAAGUUAAAAAUUUACCGGCCGUAGUGGAUUUAAUACUUGUAGCACUUUGUGAUGAAAAUUCUCCAAGAACAAUUACACCUAUAGCAAGGUGGGCAAAUAGUAACAGAGCACCUAUUUUAGCUAUUGAACCUCCAGCUACUGGUACACCUGGUAUACUUAGCAAAUUUAGUUUACUCGGUGGAUUACCAUUGUCUCAUAGCAUCGAUAAUGGCAGACUAUAUUUAUGUAAUCUUGCACUGCCAAACAAAGUAUACGCAGAUGUUGGUAUAACGUAUAGGUCUCCUUUUGGACCCAAGUUCGUCAUUCCUUUGCAUUCCAAUAACUCUUAGCAAAUUUAUUAAAGCGGUGAUAAUUGUAAUUAAAUAUUUUAAUUUAAUUUGAUAUCACUUUAAUCGCCUUCCGUAUAUUACAUCGAGAAUGCAUUAUUUGAAUUUAUUUGAAAAUGAUUGCGGAGAAUGGCAUUUAAUGUUACAUAGUUAAAGUUUAGUCUGUACAUAGACUGUUGUAAUUAAAUGUGUAAAGUCACAUACAAUUGUUCGUUUAAAUAUAUAAGUAUACAAUGUAUACAGAAAGAUCGGGUUAAAAAGGGUACAUAUACGAUGUUUGGUUUUGUAAGUUACAUGAAAAAUCAAAUGCUUUUAAUAUAAUAAUUCGAAAUAAAACUUAUUGAUACAUAAAUUUUUAAACAUUACAAAUCAUCAAAAUUUAAUACUGUAUGUGCUUGAUACAUUUCAGUAAGUAUGUAAUUUGUUAGUACAAUAUAAAUAUAAUAUUUUUCUCGUGAAUAAUCAUAUAAUACAAACACAAACCUUAAAAAUAUAUAACAUGUGAAAAAUAUUUAAUUACUCAUUGUUUAUAUUAAACACAGAACAGAUAGGGUGAUAGAAAUCAAAAUUUCUUUUAUAUUAGGUUUUGAAUACUAAAAUUCUACAAAAUAAUUUUACAGGACAACAAUUUAUUAUAAGAAAUAAUCAUAUUUUUUUAUAACUUGUGAUAUAUUAUCAUAACGAGUCUGUAAAAUAAUUGUUUAUAAAUUGUAUGCCAUUUGAAUGAAGUUUGAAUAGCACUUGAGUACAUGGAUACUACUUAAAAGUUACAAGAAAAAUACAUGCGAACAUUAAUUACAUUAUUCAGGGCACAAAAUAAAUCGUGAUCGUUAAAGAUUAUUAUUUAUUCUUAUGCUUAGAAUAUAAUUUAAAACUUUUCAGCUUUGUUUCUAUAUAUUCUUAAUGUUUAUCAUAAAUUAUGGAGUGAAAAAUGUUUUUAUCAAAACGAUGUACACUGCAGUGUCACUAUAUGGUUUACACGAGGAUAAAAAUGAAAUGGGUCAUACAAAUGAAACUUUUACAAAAGAUGGCCUGUUUCACCAUUCUUGCUCAGACUACACGCAAGUACAAAGAUUCGGCCAUUUCAGUUUUCUUCGACUGAGUUCGAGUUUUGUUCGAUUUCGAUUUUCGACCUAAUUUGAUCUUCGAUCGAUUUGAUCUUCGAUCAAUUUGAUCUUUGACUAGAAUGAUGAGAAACGCCAUUUAUACGUAAAAGUCGGUGUCCAGGAAACUCGUUUAGUAGGUCAUAUAGUGAAAUUCCACUGGUGAGUUUAAUCGCAUGUUUUAUUAUACCUUGUGCCAGUUUUUACUGAAUAAUGUACUAACUAUAAUAGUGUAAUUGAAAUGAUUAGUUAUAACAAAUAUUUGUACAAGGUUUAUUUUAAUUAUAGAUAGCUUAAGUUAUUUAUAUUUUAUAUGUAAAUACGUAUUUAUAUAUCGUGGAAAUUAAUCUUGACAUUUGAUUAUGAUAAAUUUUAUGAAUAUUACUGUAAUUUUUCAAGAGUUUUUCAGAUGGAUAAAUAUAAUUAUGCUUAAAAAUAUAAAAUGAACAAAUAAAGAUGAUAUUUGUGUUAAUUACACAUUAGUGGCUAAGAAAGUAGAUAUGAAACAAAGUUUGUUUGAAUGUUAUUACUAUUAUAUGUGUUUAUUUUAACUUUUGUAACUGUAGAUCGUUUAAUUUUUUUUACACAGUAAUUUCAGUUAUUGAAAUAAUACAAUUUUAGUAAUCAUAAUUACAGUACAGAGUUACAAUUAAAUAAUGAGUUGACUGUGUCGUAAUUAAAGACAUUCUGUAUAUUUAUUGUCAAGUUUCAUAAAUGCAGUGCAAACCAACA